AGGCAUGUGUUUGGAACAUAAACAAAACAAAUAAUUCAGUUGUGCUUUCCCCGAGAAUUUGUAUUGCUCUCAGAUGUGUUCGUAACAUAAAUUGGCGUAAAUAACCUAAGCAAAAUGAGUCCUGGAGAAACAACGGAUAAUUCUUUGCGGCCGAUGCUAUGUGAGCUGAAUAUUUUGACGAGAUCCGAUGGAUCCGCAAUGUUAACGCAAGGUGAAACAGCCGUCGUUGCGGCCGUAAAUGGUCCGAUGGAAGUAAGAAUGCAGCACAUGAACGUGGAGAAGGCGCACAUUGAGAUACACUUCAAGCCACGGUUCGGAUUGGGCGGUGUCAAUGAUCGGCUGCUGGAGGAUCUUAUCAAACGUACCUACGAAUCCGUCAUCCUGACGAGUCUUCACCCGCGAACGGCGAUAUCGAUUCAGAUUCAGGAGAUGCAGGAUCGUGGAGGACUGGUGGCAUGUACUAUCAACGCGGUUUGUCUGGCACUCAUGAACAGCGGGAUCGAGAUGAAGCACCUGGUGGCGGCGGUGCAUUGUGUAAUUGACGAAAAGGGCCACAUUACGCUCGAUCCGGAUGAACUGCAAUCGAAACAUCCCCGGGCCAAGUUUACCUUUGUGUUUGAGAAUGUUUCGAAGAAUACCGUGUCGAUUUACACCCAUGGGAAGUUUACCUUGGCAGAGUAUCACGAGGUGUUGCGGAUGGCGACCGGAGCGGUUGAGAAAGUGUUUAAUUUCUACGGGGAGAUUAUUGCGAAGCAGAGUGAAGGACUGUGAAAUAAAGUGGUGUUGUAAGGAUAGAUUGUAUAGCUUUAUUACUGUUCAAUGAAUAAUAUGAUAUGAAUUCUAUGACUGCCGCUCCAUGGCUUAUAUUGCAUUAAAUCCCCGUCUGUAUUUGUAAA